AUGGACAAGGCGAGCGGGAAGAAAAUGGCGAGAACGAAAGGAAGGAAAAGGACAGGUAGUAGAGGCGCGUGGCGGCGUCUGGCAACGAGAGCCAAGCCCGGGUGCUUCAUCCUCGAAGCCUCGGAGCUCAGUGUUGGCUUGUCGGGCGACGAGUUAAGAGUUACUCCUUCACAGCGAGACAUGAUUCCAGAUAUCUAUUUUUCUGUGUCAAUCCGUGUGGUGUUUUGUGACCUACUAACAGAGCAUACGAUAAAGAAGAAGAAGCGGCGGAGGAGGCGGCGCCGCACGCCCAAGGAGGAGGAGGGCCGCGUCGCGCUCGUGUCGCCCGCGGCGGGCUGCGGCGAGCCCUUCACGCCCGCCCGCGGCCCGCCCACGCCCGUGCUGCGGCCCGUGGGCGCCCAGGUGCCCCGCGCGCCCGAGAACAGCACGCAGUUCAUCAUGGACGACCACGAGAACUCGGCGCUCUUCCUCAACUUCGACAAGAGCACCCCCGGCUGGGAGCACGACCCGCCCGCCAGCGGAGGCGAGGACGACCUGGGCAGCGCCACGCCCACGCACGCCCACGCGCGCGACUGGUACCCGUUCAACCUGGCGGACUUCGAGAGCGCGUACCGCAGCGCGCGCGAGGACCGCCUGAUGGGCGGCAGCCGCACGGACCUGUGCGCGGCCAUCGUGGCCCUGGAGGCGCGCGCCGCCGUGCUGACGGAGGCGCUGUCGGCGUCGCCCUCGCGCCUCGUGGCCACGCUGCAGGCGCAGCUGCUGACGCUGCAGGAGGAGAACGCGGCGCUGCGUCAGCGCCUGGCGCGCAGGAGGAAGCAGGUCGUCCCGCGCGAGUCGUCCUCGUCGUCCACCGACAGCGACUCGGAGUCCGACUCGACCAACUCCUCGAGCGACUGCUCCGAGUCCGACUGCGACACCUGCGCCGCCCGCAGGAGCCGCUCCGAGCGCGAGGAGGAGAAGGAGAACACGCGGCCCGCAGUCAUCUCGCCGCCCACGCCCGCAGGGGACCCUCCCCUCACCACACACACGCCAGUACAGGAAUACCCCGUCGCACACGCGCGUGCACGUUCCCUCCACGCCCAGGCACGCCCAUGGACGAGCGUGUACCCAGUGACCCGACCGCAGCCGCCCACCGCCAGGCGCCCGCCCGCAGGUGCUGCUGGGUUGGGCGUACUUGACGAUGGGCGUGACAGACAAGCCACACGUAAAUAUAAUACGUUAAAGAACAUUAGAAGUGGAUA